CCCCUGGGGCUGGGCUAUCAGGACGCAGCCCCGGACGCCCGACUCCCCGCCGGGCCCGUGCCUGCCGCCCUGAGGCGGAAGCCACAGCGCCCCCCCACGCCCGCUGCCCGAGACGAGGAAGAGGAGGAGGAGAAAGAGCCGAAGAGGGCGCGGGGGCGUUCGCCUCUUUCCCUGGGAGCUGCCCUUGGCAAGGAGGCGAGGAAAGACCAUGGGAUGCAUUAAAAGUAAAGAAGAUAAAGGUCCUACCAUGAAAUACGGGACUGAGAAUACUUCAGAACCCAUUGCUUCUCAUGCAAGCCAUUAUGGAUCAGAUUCAAAUCAAGCAAACCAGUCACCUUCAGUAAAGGGAUCAUCAGUUAAUUUCAACAGCCAUUCCGUGGCUCCUUUUGGUGGCCCAUCUGGUAUGACACCUUUUGGAGGAGCAUCUUCUUCAUUUCCUUCUGCACCAUGUCCAUAUCCUACUAAUUUAACAGGUGGUGUUACUGUUUUUGUGGCCUUAUAUGACUAUGAAGCCAGAACUACAGAUGACCUUUCGUUCAAGAAGGGUGAACGGUUCCAGAUAAUCAAUAACACGGAAGGAGAUUGGUGGGAAGCAAGAUCCAUUGCAACAGGAAAGACCGGCUACAUUCCUAGCAAUUACGUUGCUCCUGCAGAUUCGAUUCAAGCAGAAGAAUGGUAUUUUGGUAAGAUGGGCAGAAAAGAUGCAGAGAGAUUGCUUUUAAAUCCUGGGAACCAGCGUGGUAUUUUCUUAGUCCGAGAGAGUGAAACCACUAAAGGUGCUUAUUCCCUCUCCAUACGGGACUGGGAUGAGGUCAGAGGUGAUAAUGUGAAACACUACAAGAUUAGAAAACUUGAUAAUGGUGGAUAUUACAUAACAACUAGAGCACAGUUUGAAUCUUUACAAAAGCUUGUCAAACACUAUACAGAUCACGCUGAUGGCCUAUGUCAUAAAUUAACAACUGUGUGUCCAACUGUGAAGCCUCAAACACAGGGUUUAGCAAAAGAUGCCUGGGAAAUUCCUAGGGAAUCCUUACGGUUAGAAGUUAAGCUGGGCCAGGGAUGCUUUGGCGAAGUAUGGAUGGGAACAUGGAAUGGAACCACAAAAGUAGCAAUCAAAACACUAAAACCAGGUACAAUGAUGCCAGAAGCAUUCCUCCAAGAAGCUCAAAUCAUGAAGAAAUUAAGACAUGAUAAACUUGUUCCACUUUAUGCUGUUGUUUCCGAGGAACCAAUCUACAUAGUCACUGAAUUCAUGACAAAAGGUAGCUUACUAGACUUUCUUAAGGAAGGAGAAGGAAAAUAUUUAAAGCUUCCACAGCUGGUGGAUAUGGCUGCUCAGAUUGCAGACGGGAUGGCCUACAUUGAAAGAAUGAACUACAUUCAUAGAGAUCUUCGAGCAGCAAACAUUCUUGUGGGGGACAACCUGGUGUGCAAAAUUGCAGACUUUGGCUUGGCAAGGUUAAUAGAGGACAAUGAAUACACUGCCAGACAAGGAGCCAAAUUCCCAAUUAAAUGGACUGCACCUGAAGCUGCAUUAUAUGGUCGGUUUACAAUUAAAUCUGAUGUCUGGUCAUUUGGUAUAUUGUUGACAGAGCUUGUAACAAAGGGCCGUGUGCCAUAUCCAGGUAUGGUGAACCGAGAAGUUUUGGAACAAGUGGAACGUGGCUAUAGAAUGCCUUGCCCUCAAGGAUGCCCAGAAUCUCUCCAUGAAUUAAUGAAACUGUGUUGGAAGAAAGAUCCUGAUGAAAGACCUACAUUUGAAUAUAUUCAGUCUUUCUUAGAAGACUAUUUUACAGCAACAGAACCACAGUACCAGCCCGGAGACAAUUUAUAAGUUCACUGCUUACCAUGCACAAAGCUGCCAAAUGUAAAAUACUUUCAGAAAAAUUCCUUGCUGAUUGGAAGGACUUAAAGGAAAGUGAAUCGCCAUUUGCAUGCUCUUGAUGGCUGGCAAACUGGAAUUCGAAAAUACAGUUAUGGGGAACCACUUUUUAAAGUGUUAUAUUCAAAUGUAUCAAUGAUGUGAUAUUUUCUCCCUUAUUGAAUGAAGUUCCAAAGUAAACAUACUGAAAACAUUGGGUGGUGAAAAAAGCUUUACUAUUACAAAGGCCCAGUUCACAUGACACAAUAAGACAAAGAAUUAUGGAAACCCUGGAGGAUUGGUUAUGAGCUGUGUGCUGGUGCUUACUGUCUAGUCACUCUGCUUUUAGUAGAGGUAGCUAAACAGUGAGAGCUAGUUUAGUGGACAGGGUGACAGACUAGGAGACCUGGAUUAACAUCCCUGCUUGGCCAUGAAACCUCAGUGGCAGGGGGUGGCAUUGGUAAAACCAGCCCUUAACAUCUCACAUACCUUAA